CUCCCUCCGUCCAUAUCUCCCUCCCCUUCUCCCUCUCUCCAGCAGCAGUCUGUCAGUGUUUCGCAGGGCUCCUGACGGCACUCUCUGUUUGCAUAGCUAUUGUCUUACCCAUCGGGCUGCCUAGCAUGGCUCCAGGGUUGCAGUAUCUGCUUUCAGCUUUUUUUCCCAGGGGCAGUCCAGAGAGAUAAAUUAACAGAGGAGGAGAGGACAAGAGAAGGAGAGGAAAGCAAGAGCUAACAUAGCUACAGCAGGCAGGCUGCUACUUCUGAGUCUGGAUUUUAAAAUACACCUUUUCAGUGGUGGAGAAGAGUUUCUCUUCCCUCUCGUGAGGCCCCUGUUCGGCAGCUGAACCGUGUGUGUGUGUGUGUGUGUAUUUUGUGAGCAGUGUGUGUAUGUGGAGGAAGCCCGUUUAGUGGCAACGGGAGCGCCGACUGAGUGAGCAGAGCAUCUGGGCGUCUGAGAGCGAGGGCCGGCUGGCUGGCUGGCUGCACUGUGUGCUUUGAUGACCCCCUCUGUGUAGCUGCCUGCUCAACCCCCCCCCCCUCUCUCUCUGUCCCCCUUUUCCCCUAUCUCCAUCGCAGCUCCCGGCCCAGCCAUGUUUGGCACAGAGUCUUCAUUAAGCAUGUUUCUGAACACCCUGACACCCAAAUUCUACGUGGCUCUGACAGGGACAUCCUCCUUGAUAUCAGGACUCAUACUGAUAUUUGAGUGGUGGUACUUCAGGAAGUACGGUACUUCCUUCAUCGAGCAGGUGUCAGUGAGCCACCUGCGCCCUCUGCUGGGCGGCGUGGACAACAGCUCCCCAACCAACUCCAACAGCAGUAACGGAGACGCAGACUCCAACCGACAGAGUGUGUCUGAAUGUAAAGUAUGGCGAAAUCCACUGAAUUUAUUUCGAGGGGCGGAAUAUAACCGGUAUACGUGGGUGACGGGCCGAGAGCCACUCACGUAUUACGAUAUGAAUCUCUCGGCACAAGACCACCAGACCUUUUUCACAUGCGACUCUGACCACCUCCGGCCAGCUGACGCCAUAAUGCAGAAAGCGUGGAGAGAGAGGAACCCACAGGCACGAAUCUCUGCUGCACACGAAUCACUGGAACUAGAGGACUGUGCAACAGCGUCCAUCCUGCUGGCAGAGGAGGAGGCCACCACCAUCGUGGAGGCAGAGAAGCUCUUCAAACAGGCCUUGAAGACAGGAGAGGGCUGCUACAGACGCAGCCAACAGCUUCAACACCAUGGUGCACAGUACGAGGCACAGCACAGAAGGGACACCAAUGUUCUGGUUUACAUUAAGAGGAGACUUGCUAUGUGCUCUAGAAAGCUGGGCCGAACCAGAGAAGCUGUCAAAAUGUUGAGAGAUUUAAUGAAGGAGUUCCCUCUCCUCAGUAUGUUCAAUAUCCAUGAGAACCUGCUGGAGUCGCUGCUAGAGCUGCAGAACUACGCAGACGUACAGGCCGUACUAGCCAAGUACGACGAUAUUAGUUUACCCAAAUCAGCAACAAUAUGCUACACAGCAGCCUUGCUCAAAGCCAGGGCGGUAUCAGACAAGUUCUCUCCAGAGGCAGCGUCGAGGCGAGGGUUGAGUACAGCAGAGAUGAAUGCUGUAGAAGCCAUACACAGAGCUGUGGAGUUCAACCCACACGUUCCCAAAUACCUGUUAGAAAUGAAAAGUUUAAUACUGCCUCCAGAGCACAUUCUGAAGCGAGGGGACAGUGAGGCCAUAGCAUACGCCUUCUUUCACCUGCAGCACUGGAAGAGGGUGGAGGGGGCCCUUAACCUGCUCCACUGUACCUGGGAGGGCACUUUUAGAAUGAUCCCCUACCCUCUGGAGAAAGGACACCUCUUCUACCCAUAUCCCAUCUGUACCGAGACCGCAGACAGAGAGCUGCUACCAACAGUGUUUCAUGAGGUGUCGGUGUAUCCUAAGAAGGAGCUGCCGUUCUUCAUCCUUUUCACGGCUGGUCUCUGCUCCUUCACCGCCAUGCUGGCCCUGCUAACACACCAGUUCCCCGAGCUCAUGGGAGUCUUCGCUAAAGCGUUUCUUAGCACCCUGUUUGCUCCUCUGAACUUCAUCAUGGAGAAAGUGGAGAGCAUCCUGCCAUCCAGUCUGUGGCACCAACUCACACGCAUCUGACUGGACUAGACUGAACCAGACUGACUGACACACCCUUUGUGCCAAGAUCAUGGAUUAGACGGACAGAGAGGAUGGAAGAGAAGAGAAAAGGGAAACAUUCUGAAUCGUUUUUGACUUUAUUUGAUAUGUUCAAUUUUGUUUUCAAAUCAUGUAAAAAAAAAAAAACGUUUUUUUUUGUUGUACAAAAAAAAGGUGCUCAAUUGCCAUCAUUAAAAAAGUGAAAAAAAUACCAAAAUAAAGGACUAUGUGUAUUGCUGCAACUUCUACU